GCGCUGAGGAGCUACUUCCGCCUGGUGUGUCUGAAGCGUGUUGCUGAAGAAGGAGUCUAGGUUUUCUCUUCGCCAUGAAGCCGAGAAAAAAUACCAAACGCGUUCCAAGCUUCCGCAAGUUGCUGAAAACAAGCAAAAUAAAACUUGACAACAAAUUGAAAAACAAGCAGUUGAAGCAGCAGAGCACUGCUAAGAAAUACCGAAAGGAACAGAGGAAACUCAGACAAGCCGUCAAAGAUGUUGUAUCCAAGACGCCAUUGCCUUUGGAAGAUAAGAAAAAACGUCCAGCACAAAAGCAAGAGGAAGAAGAAGAGGAUGCUCUCCCUCUUGAUAUGAUGGAUGAAGAUGAUCUGAAGUUAAUGGAGGAGCUUUCUCAAAAGGCAUCUUUUAUAACCAGGGACAUAUCUUCUGAUGAACCUGUUCAUGCCAAGAAGCGCAAGAAUGAGAAUGUGAUUGAGCGAUAUGAGAAGGUGCCAAGGCGCAUGCAGACUGAGCCUGAAAAAGAACUUAUUCAUCUGCUUCCCAUCAAAGACAAACGUGGAAUUAUUCCACAGACUAUGGAAAAGCCAGUUGUCAAGGUGGAAGAUGAAGAAGAAGAGGGAGUGGAGGGUGCUGCUGAGGAAAUGGAAACGGCACAAGCUCCUACCGAACCUCUGCCAGUUCUCUCUGCUGAAGAGCUGUUAGUUUAUAGAAAAAGGAAACUACAAGAGAAGAAGGUGCACAUUGCUGCCUUAGCAUCUGCUGUCCUGUCUGACCCAGAAAGUAAUAUGAAGAAGUUGAAAGAAUUGCGUGCAAUGCUGAUGGAACAAGACCCCAAUGUGGCCGUGACCGUGCGAAAACUAGUGAUGAUUUCUCUUAUGGAGCUGUUCAAAGAUAUUACUCCGUCUUACAAAAUCAGGCCUUUAACUGAGAGAGAGAAAAAUACCAAGGUUAAGAAAGAAACUCAGAAGUUAAGAGAAUUUGAGGAAGGCCUUGUGAGCCAGUACAAGUUUUAUUUAGAAAACCUAGAGCAGACUGUGAAAGACUGGAAACAAAGGAAACUGAAGAAAAGUAAUGUUGUAUCGCUAAAGGCAUACAAAGGCCUGGCAGAGAUUGCUGUGAAGUGCCUCUGUGAGCUGCUCGUAGCCUUGCCUCACUUCAACUUCCACAACAACAUUAUUGUUUUGAUUGUUCCACUCAUGAAUGAUCCUUCAAAGCAGAUUUCCGAAAUGUGCAGUGAUGCAGUAAAGACCCUCUUCAAGCAGGAUAAGCUAGGCUUUGCGUCCCUUGGUGUGGUGAAGGUAAUUUCUGGCCUUGUGAAAAGCCGGAACUACGAUGUUAGACCAGAGGUGUUAAUGACACUCCUUCAUCUAAGAAUUAAGGAAGUAGAAGUAAAGAAAGAUGCAGAAGAUAUUGCACCAAAGAAGAAAUUUAUGUCUUACAAAGAAAAAAGGAAAAAUCUCUCAAGGAUGCAAAGAAAGUGGAAGAAAGCAGAAGAGAAACUGGAGCGCGAACUCUUAGAAGCAGAAGCCUCCGAAAGUACAGAGAAAAAACUGAAAUUGCACACAGAAACCUUGAAUAUUGUAUUUUUAACUUACUUCAGAAUACUGAAGAAAGCACAGAAGUCUCCCCUCUUGCCUGCUGUGUUAGAAGGGCUUGCGAAGUUUGCCCAUCUCAUAAACCUGGAAUUUUUCGAUGAUCUCUUGCUCGUUUUGCAUUCACUCAUUGCAUCAGGAACAUUAAGCCACAGAGAGAGCCUGCACUGUAUUCUUUCCGCUUUUCACAUUUUAUCUGGCCAAGGUGAUGUCCUUAACAUUGACCCCUUGAAGUUCUACACACACCUUUACAAGACAUUGUUUAUGCUCCAUGCAGGUGCCACAAAUGAAGAUGUAGCAAUUGUGUUGCAGUGCUUGGAUGCGAUGCUCAUAAAGCGCCGGAAACAGGUCUCCCAGCAGAGGGCUCUGGCUUUCAUAAAGCGCCUUUCUUCACUCGCUCUCCAUGUCCUUCCGAAUUCCAGUGUUGGGAUCUUGGCAAUCAAUAGAUCAUUAAUGCAUACAUUUCCAAAGUCCGACCUCCUCCUAGACAAUGAGUCCCAAGGAAGUGGCCUUUACCUUCCUGAGCUGGAUGAGCCAGAAUACUGUAAUGCUCAGAACACUGCUCUGUGGGAACUGCAUGCUCUGAAGAGGCACUAUCAUCCAAUUGUUCAGAAAUUUGCGUCUCAUCUUCUUGCUGGAGCUCCGGGUGAAGGAUCAGAAGCUCUUGCGCAUGAAUUUAGCCGGAGUUACUAUUUUUAUUAUUAUUCAUUUCAGGGUAAAUCGUUAUCAGGGGAGUCAUUUCUCAGUGAAGACUUGAACAAACUGGUUAAAGUUCAUCUCGCAGAGUCUGCCAUCCAAAGCACCGUAGAUUUUGCUGAACACUUAAAAGCAGUGCCAAUGUCAUAGAUGUCUUGCAAUGCAGACUCAGAAAGAAGGAAAUAUAGGAAAGAAACGACGGUGUUUUCAACAGAAAUUCAAGUAUUUUCACCCUCUGGUGGAUGCUGGAUUUUGGACAUACAUUCGAGUUAUAUUUUAGACAGUUCAAGAAUUCAGACUAUUAACGUCGUUGAAGCUUGUAAAGCUGCUCAGUUUAAGUUUCUGCUUAAUGUAUAAUAUUGUACAAUUCUCUCAAUGCAAAGUUAUAUUUUUUUCUAAGAGAGAAUGUUAAAAAGUUCCUAGAGAACACUUUAAACUGUAAAUAUUUAUAUAAAGCCUUUUUAAAAAAUGA